AUGCCUCUUGCGCAAAUAUCUUUUUCCAAACUCGGUCGGUGUGCAAAGUUCUGUACCACCGACAAUGGCCGUCAUGAGCACUCACGCUUUAAUAACUUUGAAGAUAAAAUUUGCAAGUCCAAUCGACCUCUUCACCUACUUCUAAGCGAGAGUCAACGAAUUUUGAACUCAUGUGCUAAUCAGCAAACAGAACAUGUAAAUUCAGGUCCACAAGAUUUAUUGUAUGCGAAUCAUGUGACACAUGCCACUGCCGUAAGCAAUGGGCUUCCAAGUGAACCAUCAACGUUACUUUCUGACGGGCAUUCGUAUACGAAUCUUGCUUCAAAUCUUGCCUUUUUAAAUGCAACUCGAGGUCCCACACAACCAACAAUAGAAACUACUUCUGCUUCUACAUCGCCAUCCCCGGCAUUGCGAAUUUGCGAUAGCGAUAGCGAUAGCGAUUAGACAUCAGUUAAAACUAAAUCAUCGUUUUAUGUACAACGUGUCGACGUACUUACGAUAUACCUGCGGUCCAUCUAAAAUUAUUAAUGCAAGUUCCCUUCCACAAUAUUCAGUUUUUUCCUCAUGUUUGUCCCCCAAUGCAAUAGGUUUUGUAAAACUUGUAAAUUGGAUUAAGUUCAGCGAUAAAUAUGUGAAACCCGAUGUCACAAUAAUGAUAGUAGCAGAAAAUGGACCAAAAUUUUAUACUGUACACUAUUGCAUUGUGCAAGAUAAUUACGUAGCGGUUUUUAUCUCAGAGAAAUUACAAAAUGUUUACUACGAUGAUCACUUUCAAGCGUAUGAAGUAGCUCAUGAAACUGACAAGAAAUGGAAGAGUUUGACCUGAAAUAAAUUGAUUAAAGGUAUAAUUACGCAUAUUGGACGCGCAUGUAACGCAGUAAAUUAAAUUGUUAAAAAAUGGCUAUAAAUAUAUUAAUAUUUUAUGCGAAUUAUGAAUGUAUAUGUAUU